UUUAAGGACGUGUUUUAAAAUUAUCUGUCACAAAAAAUGUCUAACAAAAUUACCUUUGAUGCCGCUUCCAACAUUUGGCGUGGUCCUGAGCUAGAAAAACGUCCCUAUGGAUCCAAAGGAGUCGGAGAAGUUGUUUUUGAGGCACUUUUGCAGGAUUUGAAGCACAUUUGUCAAAUAAGCGACGAUUCCGGUGAAAUUUACACAAAUGAACGGAUGUUGAAGGAAGCGAUCAGCGUUGCGAAUGGCUUGAGAGCUAAAGGCAUCAAGAAAGGUGACACAAUCGUCAUUUUGAUGCAUAAUCAUCAUUAUUUGUUGCCCAUUUGGGUGGGAUGUGUGUUCGCUGGAGCCGUUUUAUGUCCAAUUUAUUUCGGUGAUAGCUCUGUAAAAGGUGAGUUAUGUGAAUUGAUGGGACAAGUUCAACCGAAAAUGAUGAUCACGUCACAUUUGGAUGCCAUUGAGAUGUUCCAAGGUGUCUUCAAGCAAAUUGGAAUCGAUUGUCCGAUAUAUAUUUAUGAGAACGCCGUUGAAGGAUGUCAUGAUUUUAAGCCUUUCGUAGAAAAUUACUUCAGCAGUUUCGAUAGUUUUAAGCCUGAAACGAUUGAUAACCCCGAUAACGAUUUAUUUGUGAUUGUCAUGUCGUCAUCUACAACCGGCAAGCCCAAAUUAAUCAACUCUACUCAUUCGCAAUUGCUUUAUCAGACCGUUGUACCAUUUUCAAAAAUUGUCAUUGCCUCCACAAUGCAACCAGGAUGGCAUACAGAGUUCGUUCUUUCUUUCAUUGUCCUCAUCAAACAUUGCACGAAAGUUAUGCGAGCCUUUUUCACCAUUGAUGAGUUCCUCAAGAUGCUCGAAAAGUACAAAGUCCAAGUAGUUUACAUCAAUCCGCGAAACAUUUUCCAAAUGCUCAAGAGUGAAACGCUCAAAAGCGUAAAUUUGGAAAAUUUACUCUUCACAGGUUGCGUCGGUCAACAUAUGAGUGCUAAAAUGGCGAGUGAACUCCAGUCUUAUUUGCCCAACGGAGUCAUCACAUCAAUUUAUGGUAUUUCCGAUAUUGGCGGUGCAAUCACGGAACCCAGCGAUCUAAAAGGCCACGUGCAUCAACUUGUGGGAAAAGUUCGACGUGGCUUAGAAAUCGUUGUUUUAGAUGAAAAAGACACAAAAUUAGGACCGAAUGAGGUCGGCGAAAUAGGAAUUCGUGUACCUUUGUGUCCAUUCCCCGGAUAUUACAAGAACGACAAGUUGACGAAGGAAAGUGUCACAUCCGAUGGAUUUUAUCGCUCGGGAGACUUGGGAUACGUCGAUGUUGAUGGGAAUGUUUUCUUGGUUGAACGCAAAAAAUACAACAUUCCAUACCGUGGCAAGUUGAUAAAUCAGGGUGACGUUGAGAGAAUUAUUUUGGAAAAUGUCCAAGGAGUUGCCGGUGUUUGUGUCGUUGAUGUAGAAAGCGAUGAACAUGGAAUGCUUGUUUAUAUCGCUAUAAUUCUAGAAAAGGGAGUUGAGAUGAAAGAGUCUGAUGUGAUUGAAACUGUCAUGAAACAUCAUCCUUUUGAGUUUGAGACCAAAGUUUUCUUCUUUGACGAAUUGCCGAUGACCAUUUCCGCAAAAUACAAGAAACAUCUCGUUCGGGAGAUGAUCAUGAAGAAAAUGGCUCAACAAUAAAUACACGAGAUUUUUUUUUUUGUACUUGAGUUUAUAAAAAAAAUGUUGAUGAAAAAAAUUUUCAGGUCAAAAAUAUUGGCUCAAAAUUUGAAAUAUUCAAAAUAAAAAAAAAGUUUCGAGAAGAAAUUUCCAAAAAUAAAAAAUACAUAUUUGAAAAAUUAUAAAAAUAUAAUUCUAAAUUUUUUUGUGAUUGUAAAAAACUAUAAAUUGUUAAAAAAAAAAUAUUUUUUUUUGUAUCUACUUUAAAAAUUUUUCAUUACUUUUCGUAUACAUUUAAAUGUAAAUCGA